UCCUUGAGAUAUAUUUGGCUGAUGUGUUGAAAACUACAGAAAUACUUUAUUUCUGUGGUGCUCAGACCUUCCAGGCAGUUGUUGUUUGAUUUCCCUGAACACUUUGGAGCAACAUGAAUUUGGAGGUGCCAGAAAGCUUUGAGGAUGUCGCUAUUGAGUUUUCAAAAGAGGAGUGGAAGAUGUUGACCAAACAACAAAAAGAGCUGUACAAGGAAGUGAUGGUACAGAACUAUGAGAACAUGAUUUCACUAGGUUAUGACAUCCCAUUGGACCAUCUUUGGUUAAAUAUUAUGAAACAUGAAACAUCAACUGACACUGAAGGAGAAACUGUGCAGCAGAAAGAAAUUUCUUGUACUUGUAUGAGAAGCAGGAGCAGUGCAGAGUUCACUGAGAUCCAGAGUCUUCAGUCAUCCCAUGGGAAACACCAGGAGUCUGAAUGGAACAAAGUUCUUCCUCAUAAAAUGUUGGUCACAAAACAAGACCUGCUGCAGUGUGAAACUACAUGUAAGAAAUGUAAUGAGAGGGUAGUCAAGAAAACUGAACUAGAAAUGCAUGUGCAAACUAAAGAGGAAACAUCAUGCAGCUGGCUUAAUCACAGCAACAGUGUAACAUUUCAUGGCAACGACUUAUCUGAUCCAUUAAUUAAAGCAGAGGAAAUGUCAUGCAGCUGGCUUAAUCACAGCAACAGUGUAACAUUUCAUGGCAACAACUUAUCUGAUCCAUUAAGUCAUAGUGGGAAAAUACAGAAGAAUACUUUGGCAACACAUGAGCAGCUAUGUAAUAGUGAGAAAUUAAAUCCAUGUGGCACACAUGACAGUGGUUUUAUAGAGAGAAAAAAAUGGAACAGUAUUGUGGUGCCACAUCAGAAUAUCUGCACUGGGCAGAAACCUUGUAGCUGUACUAAGUGUGACAAGAAUUGUAGAUGCCAAAACACUGUGGCAGCACCGCAGGGUAUCAGUAAUGAGGAGACACCAUAUACAAUUUGUGGCAAGGGUUUUGGACGCAAGAGUCAAUUGGUGAGACAUUCCUAUAUCAACAUUGAUCACAAACCCUAUGAAUGUGCCACAUGUGGCAAGAGUUUCCAUCAAAAAAACAACAUGAUGAAACAUCAGAGGAUCCACACUCAAGAAAAACCCUAUAAAUGUACACUGUGUGACAAGAGCUUUACUUACAAGUCUUCAAUGGUAACUCAUAAGUAUAUCCAUACCGGACAAAAACCAUAUAAAUGCAACAUGUGUGACAAGAACUUCAGACAGAAGAUUCACCUGGUAAAUCAUCAGUCUACGCACAGUGCCCAGAAACUUCAUAAAUGCACUACCUGUGACAAGAGCUUUAGACAGAAAACCACUCUGAUAAGUCAUCAGUACAGCCACGUUGGGGAGAAACCAUUUAAAUGCGAAGUCUUUGGCAAGGGUUUUGCAUUGAGGGAAAACAUGGUAAGACAUCAGAGCAUUCACAAUGAGCAGAAGUUCAGAUCUGGAGAAAUUAUAAAAGAGCAGAAGCCUUACAACUGUACCUGGUGUGACAAAAGUUUUGGAUGCAAAAGUUACUUGGUGAGGCAUGAGCAGAUGGUGAGUCAUCAUGGUAUUCACACUAGGCAAAAACCAUACAGAUGCACAAUAUGUGAUAAGACCUUCAGGUGGGCAUGGGCUGUGAAGAGUCAUCAGAGUGUCCACACUGGGCAGAAACCGUAUACGUGCACCAUCUGUGAUAAAACUUUUAGACUGAAGUCUAACUUGGUAAGCCAUCAGAGUCUGCACACGGGAAAGAAACCCUAUAAAUGUACCUUAUGUGAUAAAACAUUUAGAUUCAAACAUUCAAUGAUUAGCCAUCAGAGUGUCCACACUGGGCAGAAACCGUAUACAUGCACCACAUGUAAUAAGGGUUUUGUCAAGAAGUCAAGUCUAGCAGUGCAUCAGAGUGUCCACACUGGGCAGAAACCCUAUAAAUGCACCAUCUGUGAUAAAACUUUUAGAGUGAAGUGUAAUUUUGUAAACCAUCAGAAUGUGCACAUGGAUCAAAAACCCUAUAAAUGUACCAUGUGUGAUAAAACAUUUAGACACAAAAAUUCAAUGAUUGGUCAUCAGACUGUCCACACUGGGGAGAAACCAUACAGGUGCACCAUAUGUGAUAAGACCUUCACGCAGGCAGGGACUAUGAUGAGGCAUCAGAGUGAACACAUGGGUCAGAAACCCUAUAAAUGCACCGCCUGUGAUAAAACUUUCAACCGGAAAGGUAGCUUGGUAAUCCAUCAGAAAGUACACACUGGGCAAAAAAAUACAAACAAUAAGACUAAGAGGAAAAGUAGAGUGCCAGAAAGCUUUGAAGAUGUCGCUAUUGAGUUUUCAACAGAGGAGUGGAAGAUGCUGACCAAAGAACAGAAAGAGCUGUACAAGGAAGUCAUGGUACAGAACUAUGAAAACAUGAUUUCACUAGGUUAUGACAUCCCAUUGGACCAUCUUUGGUUAAAUAUUAUGAAACAUGAAAUAUCAACUGACACUGGAGGAGGAACAGCGGUGCAGCAGAAAGAAAUUUCUUGUACUUGUAUGAGAAGCAGGAGCAGUGCAAAUUUCACUGAGAUCCAGAGUCUUCAGUCAUCCCAUGGGAAACACCAGGAUUCUGAAUGGAACAAAGUUCUUCCUCAUAAAAUGGUGGUCACAAAACAAGACCUGCUGCAGCAUGGAACCACAUGCAAGAAAUGUAAUGAGAGGGUAGUCAAGAAAACUGAACUAGAAAUGCAUGUGCAAACUAAAGUGGGGGAAACGUCAUGCAGCUGGCUUAAUCACAGCAACAGUAUAACAUUUCAUGGCAACAACUUAUCGGAUCCAUUAAUUAAAGCAGAGGAAAUGUCAUGCAGCUGGUUUAGUCAUGGCAACAGUGUAACAAUUCAUGACAACAAUGUAUCUGAUCCAUUAACUAAAGCAGAGGAAAUACCAUGCAGCUCACUUAAUCACAGCAACAGUGUAACAUUUCAUGACAACAACUUAUCUGAUCCAUUAACUAAAGCAGAGGAAACAUCAUGCAGCUGGCUUAAUCACAGCAACAGUGUAACAUUUAAUGGCAACAACUUAUCUGAUUCAUUAAGUCACAGUGGGAAAAGACAGAAGAAUGCUUUGGAAACACAUGAGCAGCUGUGUAACAGAGAGAAACUAAGUGCGUGUGGCAUGCAUGACAGUGGUUUUAUAGAGAGAAAAAAAUGGAACAGAAUUGUGGUGCCACAUCAAAAUGUCUGCACUGGGCAGAAACUUUGUAGAUGUACUAAGUGUGACAAGAAUUAUAGAUACAAAAGCACUGUGGCAGCACCGCAGGGUAUCAACAACGGGGAGAAACCAUAUAAAUGCACAAUUUGUGGCAAGGGUUUUAGACACAAGAGUCAAUUGGGAAGACAUUCUUAUAUCCACACUAGUCACAAACCCUAUGAAUGUGCCACAUGUGGCAAGAGUUUUAGACAUAAAAGCAGUUUGAUAGUUCAUCAACAUAUCCAUACUGGGCAGAAACUGUAUGAAUGUGCCACAUGUGGCAAGGGUUUCCAUCAAAAAUUCAUCAUGAUGAAUCAUCAGAGGAUCCACACGCAAGAGAAACCCUAUAAAUGUACACUGUGUGACAAGAGCUUUACUUACAAGUCUUCAAUGGUAACUCAUAAGUAUAUCCAUACCGGACAAAAACCAUAUAAAUGCAACAUGUGUGACAAGAACUUCAGACAGAAGAUUCACCUGGUAAAUCAUCAGUUUACCCACAAUACCCAGAAACUUCAUAAAUGUGCUACCUGUGACAAGACCUUUAGAGACAAAACCACUCUGAUAAGUCAUCAGUACAGCCAUGUUGGGGAGAAACCAUUUAAAUGCAAAGUCUGUGGUAAGGGUUUUGCAUGGAAGGAAAACAUGGUAAGACAUCAGAGCAUUCACACUGAGCAGAAGCUCAGACUUGGAGAAAUGAUAAAAGAGCAGAAGCCUUACAACUGUGCCUGGUGUGACAAAAGUUUUGUAUGCAGGAGUCACUUGGUGAGGCAUGAGCAGAUGGUGAGUCACCAUGGUAUUCACACUGGGCAAAAACCGUACAGAUGCACCAUAUGUGAUAAGACCUUCAGGUGGGCAUGGGCUGUGAAGAGGCAUCAGAGUGUCCACACUGGGCAGAAACCAUAUACAUGCACCAUCUGUGAUAAAACUUUUACACUGAAGUCCAACUUGGAAAGCCAUCAGAGUCUGCACACUGGGCAGAAACCCUAUAAAUGUACCAUAUGUGAUAAAACCUUUAUACUCAAACAUUCAAUGAUUAGUCAUCAGAGUGUCCACACUGGGCAGAAACCCUUUAAAUGCACCAUCUGUGAUAAAACAUUUAGACUUAAGUCUGACAUGGUAAACCAUCAGCAUGUGCACAUGGAGCAGAAACCCUAUAAAUGCACCGUCUGUGAUAAAACAUUUAGACUGAAGUCUAACGUGGUAAACCAUCAGCGCGUGCACAUGGAGCAGAAACCCUAUAAAUGUACCAUCUGUGAUAAAACUUUUCCACACAAAAAUUCAAUGAUUAGACAUCAGAGUGUCCAUACUGGGCAGAAACCGUAUAUGUGCACCACAUGUAAUAAGGGUUUUGUCAACAAGUCAAGUCUAGCAGUGCAUCAGAGUGUGCACACAGGGCAGAAACCCUAUAAAUGCACCAUCUGUGAUAAAACUUUUAGAGUAAAUUGUAACUUGGUAAACCAUCAGAGUGUGCACAUGGAGCAGAAACCCUAUAAAUGUACCAUCUGUGAUAAAACAUUUAGACACAAAAUUUCCAUGAUUAGUCAUGAAAGUGUCCACACUGGGCAGAAACCAUACAGAUGCACCAUAUGUGAUAAGACCUUCACGCAGGCAGGGACUAUGAUGAGGCAUCAGAGUGUGCACAGGGGGCAGAAACCCUAUAAAUGCACCAUCUGUGAUAAAACUUUUAGAAGGAAAGAUAGCUUGGUAAACCAUCAGAGUGUGCACACUGGGCAGAAACCUUAUAUGUGCAGCACAUGUAAUAAGAGUUUUGUCUAUAAGUCAAGUCUAGCAGCACAUCAGAGUGUCCACACUGGGCCUUCAGGGUCCUGAUGGAGAGAAAAGUCAGCAAGCAAAGGAGCGUAGUAGUGCUGAAAUUGAAUUCAUCCUCAAGUCUUGGUGAGUACCUUCGUGAA